UAUCGGGGAUGGGAUGAAAGAAGUAAAAGUGAUGUCUCGGGCAAUCUCAAAAAUGGCCAAACUUGCCAGUCUGCUGCACAGUAGCACUGUAUUUAAGGAUCGAUUUGAGGCUGUUUUUGGAAGUGGUAAAAGCAUUCCAGUCUCAAAUGUCACAAGGUGGAAUUCGCAAUUCAGACAAAUACAAGCAGUCAUCGAAUUAGAUCAUACUGCACUAACUCAGAUGUGCUCAGUUGACUUUGAGAAUGUUGUCCUCAGCUCACGUGAAUGGGCCCAGUGUAGAGAACUUACACAAAUUCUUGGACCGUUUGCUGAGGCCACUGAAUUGACCGAGGGUGACAAAAUUGUUACCAUCAGCAUGGUUGUCCCUACUGUCCUCGAGCUACAUUCUCAUUUAACAGAAAUGGAUAGUGAAAAGAGACUCUGUAGGCCACUGACCAGGGCCCUCAAAGCCUCACUUAAAAGAAGAUUUGCCGGCAUCUUUGUUGGAUUACGAAUGGCAGAAGAUCAUGGCCUUGAUUUGCCAUUUGGCCAUGAUAUAUACAUGCUGGGAGCGAUGCUGGACCCCCAGUUCGGGAUGAACUGGGUUGAGAUGGAUGUCAGAACCAGUGGCAGUGCUACCACCAUACAAAAUACUAAGAAGGAACUGCAGAAGUCACUAACAGACAGCUUGAUCACUCAGGCUAAGAAAGUGGACCUGGACAUCUGUGAGGAACCCACAGAACCAACCCAGGAUUCUCCCCCAAACGCCAAGAUUCCACGGCUCCUGGCAAAAUAUAAAACUCACAAAAAGAACAAUUCCACCCAUGGAUAUCAUCCAAGUGUCAACAGUGAGGUAAAUACAUACCUGGAGGAUAUUCAGAGCUGUCCGGCAGAGCAGGAUGCCCUUGUAUUUUGGUUAAAAAACAAGGACAAAUACCGUCAUUUGCAUGCCCUAGCUGUCAAAGUGCUUUCUGUACCUGCUUCUUCAGCACCAGUUGAAAGAGUGUUCAGUGCUGGAGGGCUCAUUAUGAGGCCCCAUAGAGCCAGUUUAGGAGCGGAAAUGCUCUCCUCCCUUAUAUUUCUCAAGUGUAACAAAACACUUUUGUAAAACUGAAUAGUUUUACUUACCUCAC